CUCCCCUUCGGCAGUCUUACGAGCAGCGGGGUCUAGAAGCAGGACGGACGUGGCUGGCGCUAUGGACCACUGUUUCCUUAGCCGGGAUCCCGUGGAUAUUGAGAACAUCUUAGCCCUAAAUCCUCGUAAACAAACACAUGCAUCUUUGAAUUCCACAGCAGCAAAAAAACAUGAGAAAAUGCACUGGAAAAGGAACGUGAAUAAAAGCUGUUCGAACUGUGAGAAGCUGGAAAAUAAUUUUGAUGACAUCAAGCACACGACUCUUGGUGAGAGAGGAGCACUUCGAGAAGCAAUGAGGUGUUUAAAGUGUGCAGAUGCCCCCUGUCAGAAGAGCUGCCCAACUAAUCUAGACAUCAAGUCAUUUAUCACAAGUAUUGCAAACAAGAACUAUUAUGGAGCUGCCAAGAUGAUCUUUUCUGACAACCCACUUGGGCUGACAUGCGGGAUGGUAUGCCCAACUUCAGAUCUUUGUGUGGGUGGAUGCAAUUUAUAUGCCACCGAGGAAGGACCAAUUAAUAUUGGUGGACUGCAGCAAUUUGCUACAGAGGUAUUUAAAGCAAUGAAUAUCCCUCAGAUUAGAAGUCCAUCUUUGCCACCACCUGAAGAGAUGCCCAGUGCUUACCAUGCCAAAAUAGCUCUUCUUGGAGCUGGGCCUGCAAGUGUCAGCUGUGCUACUUUCUUGGCUCGUCUGGGCUACUCGGACAUCACCAUCUUUGAAAAGGAAACCUACAUUGGUGGUUUAAGUACAUCUGAAAUCCCCCAGUUCCGGCUUCCAUAUGAUGUAGUGCAUUUUGAAAUCGAGCUUAUGAAAGACCUCGGAGUGAAGAUAAUUUGUGGCACAGGACUUUCAGUAGAGGGAUUGACACUCAGUGCCUUGAAGGAAGAUGAUUACAAAGCGGUCUUUAUUGGAAUUGGUCUACCUGAGCCAAAGAGAGAAUCUAUAUUUGAAGGUCUGGAGAUGGAUCAAGGAUUUUACACAUCUAAAGACUUCCUACCGCUGGUGGCUAUGGCAAGUAAACCAGGAAUGUGCGCCUGUCGCUCUCCAUUGCCAUCAAUACAUGGAACGGUGAUUGUUCUUGGAGCGGGUGACACUGCUUUUGACUGUGCAACAUCAGCUUUGCGCUGUGGAGCUCGUCGUGUUUUUCUGGUCUUCAGAAAAGGAUUUACAAAUGUGCGGGCUGUCCCAGAAGAGAUGGAACUUGCUAAGGAAGAAAAGUGUGAAUUUCUGCCUUUCCUUUCUCCUCGGAAGGUGGUAGUAAAAAGAGGGAAGAUUGUUGCUAUGGAAUUUGUACGGACUGAGCAAGAUGCAGAUGGAAGCUGGAAUGAAGAUCAAGAUCAGAUAGUCCGUCUGAAAGCUGAUGUAGUGAUCAGUGCCUUUGGAUCAGCCUUAAAUGACCCUAAAGUAAAAGAAGCCCUGAGUCCUAUCAAAUUUAACAAGUGGGACCUCCCAGAAGUUGAUCUAGACACCAUGCAAACAAGUGAACCAUGGAUUUUUGCAGGGGGUGACAUUGGUGGCAUAGCCACCACUACAGUUGAAUCAGUGAAUGAUGGAAAGCAAGCUUCCUGGUACAUGCACAAAUACAUACAGUCUUUGUAUGGUGUUGAGGUUUCUUCUAUACCACAUCUGCCUCUUUUCUACACUCCCAUUGAUCUUGUAGACAUCAGCGUAGAAGUGGCUGGUCUGAAGUUUCCAAAUCCUUUUGGCCUUGCCAGUGCAACUCCAACAACAAGUUCACCAAUGAUCCGCCGAGCUUUUGAAGCAGGUUGGGGAUUUGCACUGACCAAAACAUUUUCCCUAGACAAGGACAUUGUAACCAAUGUUUCUCCAAGAAUAAUACGUGGAACUACCUCGGGUCCCGUAUAUGGACCAGGCCAAGGCUCUUUCCUGAACAUUGAGCUUAUCAGUGAGAAAACAGCAGCUUAUUGGUGUAAAAGUAUCACAGAGCUAAAGAUGGCCUUCCCAGACAAAAUUGUCAUUGCAAGCAUCAUGUGCAGUUACAGUAAAGACGACUGGACCAAACUUUCGAAAAUGGCUGAGGCUGCUGGUGCAGAUGCCCUGGAGUUAAAUUUAUCAUGUCCGCACGGCAUGGGAGAGAGAGGCAUGGGCCUGGCCUGUGGGCAGGAUCCAGAGAUGGUGUGCAACAUCUGUCGCUGGGUGAGACAAGCUGUUCAGAUUCCUUUCUUUGCCAAGUUGACCCCCAAUGUCACAGAUAUUGUGAAAAUUGCAAUGGCUGCGCAACAAGGUGGUGCAGAUGGUGUUACUGCCACCAACACUGUGUCAGGGCUGAUGGGACUAAGAGCUGACGGGACACCUUGGCCUGCUGUCGGAAUGGAGAACAAGACCGCAUAUGGCGGAGUGUCGGGAAAUGCCAUCAAACCCAUUGCCCUCCGAGCUGUUUCUGCUAUAGCUGCUGCUAUUCCAGGUUUUCCCAUUCUAGCAACAGGAGGAAUUGACUCCGCUGAAAGUGGCCUGCAGUUUCUUCACAGUGGUGCUUCUGUUUUACAGGUGUGCAGUGCAAUACAGAAUCAAGAUUUUACUGUGAUUGAAGAUUACUGCACUGGGCUGCGGGCUUUGCUUUAUCUGCAGAGCAUUGAGGAGCUUCAAGACUGGGAUGGGCAGAGUUCUCCAACUGUAAGGCACCAGAAAGGAAAACCUGUGCCCAAAAUUGUUGACCUGAUGGGAAAGAAACUUCCCAGUUUUGGACCCUACCUUGAACAACGCAAGAACAUAAUAGCUGAGAACAAACUGAAACUGAAGGAACAGAACAGCCUUGUUUCCCAGCUAGAGAGAAAACAUUUUGUCCCCAGGAAACCCAUACCAGCAGUGAAGGAUGUAAUUGGAAAAGCGCUGCGGUAUAUUGGAACAUAUGGAGAGCUCAGUAAUACUGAGCAAGUUGUGGCUCUGAUUGAUGAGGAAAUGUGUAUCAACUGUGGCAAAUGCUACAUGACCUGCAAUGAUUCUGGCUACCAGGCUAUACAAUUUGAUCCAGAAAUCCACCUGCCCACUGUUACUGACAGUUGUACAGGCUGCACUCUAUGCCUCAGUGUCUGCCCUAUUAUUGACUGCAUCCGAAUGGUUUCCAGGACAACACCUUAUGAACCAAAGAGAGGCCUGCCCUUAGCAGUGAACCCAGUGUGCUGAGGUGAUCAGACCAGCAGUUAAAGUGAACCUUACAUUUGCUUGAUUCUAUUGAUUUGCUUUCUAAUUAGUACCAGCAAUUCCAUCUAUGUUAAAAAAAAAGAAGAACAAAAAAAACCUAAUGAUGGCAGCCAUUAUAAUGCCGGCUGUAUCUCCCAUUCUCUUUUUUAAGCCAUCACAAAGAGCAGACAGUUUGUCAAAUAUUAGUUUUUUAAGCACCAUAAACUUUUUUUUCCUUUGCAAAUUCUUCUAUGCUAUGAUAAUCUGGGUGAUGUUUUUUUAAAAAAUGUAAAAAAAUUAGUGGAGCUUUUGCUAACCAACUGAACCUUGACAUAAAGACAAACUUAGUUACCAAAGAAACAUGGAAUAAUUAUACAUUCUAUUUCAUUUUUAAAACUUUCUUUAGAAGAUGUAAUUAACUGCAUAACAUGCAAACAAAGCAAUAUGGGGUUGUGUGUGUGUUUUACAGAGAGAUAUAAAAAGAGAUUUAAAAUGGUAUUUCUGAACUAUCAAUCAGUUUCAACUACAUCAGCAUAUGGCAUGGUAUUACCUUAAUUCUCCUUAAAUUCUACUUCUGACUAGGCACUAAAAAUAAAUUUGCAAACACAUUGCACUCUUUGGCGUUUAAUGUUGUGCAGCAGGUAGCCAAGUUUUUUUGCUUUUGUUAACUGAUUGAUACUAGCUUCUGGUGGGAUCAGUGUGCCACUUUGCAGAUGAGAUUAUUCUUAAGAUGCUAAUGGAAGACUAUAAGCAAUUCCUUCCUGACCUGGCAGCUCUUGUGCACAAUGGCUCAGUUCAGACAUUGUGUGAACAGGGCUAGUGAGGGGGGCGGGGUGGAAUUUGUCCUGGCCUCAAGCUCAAAGGAGGCUUCACAUUUAGAUGCUUGUUUUUGCUGGCAUUAGUUUCACAGUUUGCUUUUAUGUCCUUUUUAAUGACUAGGGGUCUCAAAAGCUGGCCCAGGCCUCCUUGUACUUCUGAGAUGGCCCGUGUAUGAAACCCUGAUUUCAUUGAACUAACUAUAGUUCAUAUGAUUGCCUAAAUGCAAAUCACUCUACUGACUAUGGUUAGUUAGGCUCUAUCAAACUAGGAUUUGAAGUUGGUUAACUAACCACAGUCAGUGGUUUUGUGUGAUAUAUGGAUGCAGUGACACCCUCCCAGGUUAGAGAGAGAAGGCAAUUAAACCAUUAUUUGUUGAGGUAAACCAGGAUAGACGUGACUGUGAGCUGAAUCCUGAUAUCAUUCACAAACUUAGCAUCAUUAAACUAAGCCAUGCACAUUGCCUGAACUGAGUGAGUGGUAAGGAUAGUGUAUGUUGGAUCCAGACUAAACUGGCAAUUGCCACUGAUCCUUCUUUCCUGCUGCAGACCGCCAUCAUGUUGUUCCCCAGGAUCCCCUGUCCCCCAAGAGCAUCAUUUGGUAGAGAUCAGUGGGAUCCAGUGAGGGUAAGCAGGAAAAUUCUGUUCCACUAACAGAAAACAUAAUCUGGAUCUAGCUGUAAGGAAGCAGCAGUGGUCAUAAUAUCUUGUAUCAUCCAGAUUUGAAACCAUGUGGCACAUGCUGAAGUUUUCUCACCACACAGACUCACUGUGUAUCCAUAUAAACUUCUACUGGGCCAUCCUUUUCUACCCCCAUCAGGCAAGCAAAUUCUAUGCACAAUGAACAACAUGGCAUCUAGCCACCUGGAAGAACAUGAGACUAAGAACACCCACUGUCCCAUGCCUCUUCAGGUCCUUGGUACCUAGCCUUUUCCUACAAAGAGCGUGAACAUGUUGUGCUCUGAGCGUUUGUAAAAUGGCAGCCCUCUGGAGGAGUGUAAGGGAGGUGCAGGAAGAGCUUAUAUUUUUGGAAAUGUUCGGGCAUAUUACUACAUAUUCAAUGUGGUAGCUUCAUAGUUAAAGCCAAUGGGAAGAAGAGAGGGUGUAACUGCAGUCAGAAGGGUUCCCUCCACAUGUACAAAGUCUUGCAAUGGGCCCUGCCAAUUUUUUUUCCAGCUGUUCCAUAAGAAUAGCUGUGUGUCUAUUUCAAUUUUCUGCUGUGGAUUAAAUAAAGGUAAGCCCUCUGAAGCUCUAGGAAGGCAUCUUUACAGCUUUUUAACAGUCUGCUUCUCUUUUAUAGAUGCUGGUGAUGUCUAAUAGAAUGUAUUUUAAUAUUGUAGUUUUAAAUUGUAAGCUGCCUCAAACAAAACUCUGAAGCAGUGGUUCCCAAGUUUUUGGUAUGGUGACCCACAAGUCCAAAUUUACUUUAUAUGUGGGUGACCCAUCCAGGGCUAGCUCAAGAGAUUGAGAAGGCACUAGAGGGGGGCAUCAGAUUGAGGAGAUGCAGGAAGAUAACUGACGGCGGCAAAGAGGUGGGUGGCAGCGGCUCAGGGAAGUACAACUCCCACAGUAAGUAGAGAGCAGUGAGGCACUACAAAGUAUUGGUCAAGAGGUUGGACUGCUAAAGGAGCAGUACCAAGAGAUGUGUACUCGCCCCCCACACACACACACCCAGGGCCGGCACGCCCAUGGAGGCCAGGUAGGCGGUGGCCUCGGGCGCGCGGGCACUGGAGGGGCGCUGG